AUGUCGAAUUCGGCCAUCUUCAAGAAUCCAGGGGGGAUCUCUCGUCGAAAGAAAAAUCCCGAGGAAUCCCCGAAGUCUAAGAGUAUAGACGAAAUCUGGGCAGAGGCGAUGGACCAAAUUGCGAAAGAGUACAAACUAUCCUCGGAGAAGCUCGAACAAUUCAAUGGAAAUCUUUAUGACGGAGAAACCGGCUCUGAGAGAGCAAGGGCCCUUUUCGAAGAAUCGCGACACCCGGACGAUAGAAAAGAUAAGGUUAUGAGCUCGGUUGCUGGUUGUUUGGAUUGGGUGAAGACUGGUCUCGGCUUUGUCAAUGAUAAUGUCUCCGGGACUUACGCGGUGCCGGCAAAGAUAGUUACUGGUUCAAUUGCAUACAUGAUACAGGCGGCUGAAGAUGUGAGCGCGGAUUUUGAUUUGAUAGAAUCCACAUUUGAGACUCUGAACAAUGCUCUGCAAGAUAUUGGAGAACUCCAGCGCUUCAAAUUGGAGUUUGCCAGCCCGACCUUUCUGGAAAGACUAACUGAUAUCUUUGUUGCGAUGGUCAAAUUUUGUUCAAUGAGUGGCACAGUCUUUUCAUCUACCAGAAGAAAACGAUGGUUCCGAGCACUUCUGAAAGGGCAAGACCAGCAGAUCCGAGAAGCAUGCAAUGAAGUUAAAAAAGCCAUCGGGCUGUUCCGUGAUACACUUCCCUUCCAAACACUGGUGGAAAUGAACACAAUUUCUACAAACAUGAAAGACAUGCCUGUCCGGUUCGUCGAGCAGCUGCAAGCUAGUGUGAAAUACUCCGAGCUCCAGCCCCUUUGGAAUAAAUCGCAAAAGUCUCUGGAUGCGAUUAAAGAUUCUCUCAAAGCCUUCAACCUCUUUCACCCUGAAGUCGAACAGUGGGUAGAAGAUCAGAUGAAACUAGUGGCGAAGCGAGUAGUGAAUGACACGUUUUCAUGGACUGAGAGCGAAAGUACCUACACAGAAUGGGAGUCAGGCCGGGGAGCUCCUUAUAUCUUUAUACUGGGAGAGGCGGGGUCUGGGAAAACCUUUUUUGCGUGCCAUUGCUACAAAUCUCUGCAGAAACGCAAGGCCUUGGCAACUAAAGAUCAGAGCUCUCAGCGAAGGACAAUCCCGUUUGUCACAUACUUCCCUUUCAAGGGUGGUAGGGAAAGUUCCCAAGGACUGGGAAGUGUGCUUGCGCAUAUUCUACUUCAGGUCGCGAUGCAGGACAUGAAGCUUCGUGAUUCAAUCGCCAGAGAUUUGCUAUCUUUCAAAGAGCGUAAGAAAGAAGGAAACGACGAUUCUCAGAAGGUGAUCGAAUUUAUUUGGCAGAGUCUACUAGUCCGAAAAUUUGAAAAGGCGGCAUCAGAAGCCCCAAGAGAGCUUUUCAUUCUUCUUGACGGUGUUGAGGUAAUGUGUGAAUCAGAUCGCACAAGGAUGAUGGACCUUUUCCAGCAUCUGAGCUUGGGAAAAGACAGAAUUCGGAUACUCAUGACAGGAGCCGGUGACAAAACCAGUGUUGGAAUUCCUAGAUGCCCAGUCAUUGUUCUAAAUGACAUGAUCGGCAAAAAAGGAGACAUUUGGCGAAUAAUCCAGCACCGAGUAAGCCAAUCUGAAAAGCUGCGGAACUUCAAAGAUGAGUUUUGGAAGCAAGUGGAGAAGAGACUGCUUGAAAGCCUGAACACAAUCUCUACGGUGGAUAUCAAAAUGACAGUCAUAGAGCAAGCAAAUGACGAAGUCUCCGCUCUUGAAAAGCUAAAAACAAUGAAGACACCAGAGGGACUGUACAAAGAAACUAUCAGUGUGGUCCUUAGUAGCAAAAGUGAAAAUCAGCGCAAACUUCUCCGAUUCGUCUUUGCUCUAUGCACUUUUGCUCAGCAACCAUUGAGCGUGUACGUCCUCCAGGAGUUUGUCAGACAGGAGCCAGAUUUGCGAAAGUCAGCUUUGGACGUAGCCGAGCAAAUCAAGGCCCAUUCAUCAAACAGCUUCCUGUUUGUGACGGAAGUCUCUGAAGGCGUUGACUUGAGUGAAGACAAACAGGAAGAUGCAGCCACCCGCAGCAAACGACAGAUAGCCACCUUUCGACAAGUGGCCUUCCGUGAAUAUCUGGAGACGACAACAAACGACCUGAUUCCUCAUCCGUUGAAAUCGAAGGUAUCCCUCUUUGUGAAGUUAACUGAUGUUCUCUGCGGACAUGACUCAGAAGGUGCUGGGCUCCGUGAAAACAUUCAAAGAUACGCAGCUCAAAGAAUCACGCGUCACUUAGAAACCAUAGAUGUUAAGUUAACGGAGCCUGCAGAAUGCUCUCAAGUUAUUAAAGCGCUUUCCCGGAUAUUCAACAACGAUGGGAAUGUCUCCCGUGUCUUCGAGGAGCUAUGCGGCCAUGAUAUUUCUUACGAUUAUGAUGGGUUGAUGUCGACCAUCUACGAUGCAAAGAAUCUCGGGAUCGUGACGAGCUGGGCUAAGAAGAUGGAUUUCCAUGAGGAAACAGAGAUUCCCCUAGCAGAAAGAAGUUGGAUUAAGAGAAUUCUCAAGGAACCAACGAGACUGCUUGAAAAUCUUGCCAAAGGCCAUUUCUACAGUUGGACAGAGGCUAGGACUUAUCCUGAGGCCAAAGUGCCUCACAAUCUCAUAUGUCGCGCUCUGCACUUGAGGUUUGGGAAAAACAGAGAAUCGGUCUACUCAACGACAGUUGAUGCUGCUCAGAUCAAGGCUUUAUUGAAUUACGCGAAAAAGAGAGUGUUUUACGACCUGCCAGUUCAAAUGUCUCGAUGCCGAAUUGCCGCAGCUCUGGUACUUUACAAUGAAUCCACGGACGAAGAAAACAGAGAGUUUGCGCGAAACCUUUAUCAGCAGAACAUUGAUGACGAAGUUACACGCGGCCCAGAAAGAUUCUACUCAUAUCUGGGUCUAGCUGAGUACUUUGAAGACAGCAGAGAACAGUCUGAGAAGACCGGAGAUAAUGAACAGGAUCGACGCUGGACAUCAGUUUCAGAGUUUGCUGAACGAGCACUACAUGUCAUGCUCGAAGAGAGUGGCACUCUUGGGACAGAUCUGAAUGAAGGAAGAAUUACCAGAGCAUUCGUCCUGCAUUCAUACGCCUUGAAGCAGCUUGGUAAAGAUACAGAAGCGAUUGAAACUGGUGAGCGUUGCUUGAAAAGGGAACUCCAGUAUACUUCCCAGACUCUGGACCUUCUCUCGCUUCUUGUUGAUAUAUAUGCCAAAAACUCCCAAUGGGCGAAGAUCAUUGACUUAGUCUGGCGACAGAAACCAGUGAUUCAAGAUAGGUUCAUCAUGCAUAUAUACUUGAUGGAACGCCUCGAAAACGGAACUACCUUGCUAGAGAGGGCUGCGGCUGAGUCAAGGCGCAUUGAUUAUUUGAUUCGCAUAUUCGAAAGAGCAAUCGACUUUGAUCGAAAAACAUUCCCAAUUAAAGCUGCCUUCCUCAAAUCGAAGCUGUUAAACAUUUACUGGCGCCUGGCGAAGGUAACUAAAAUGGCAGAAUAUCUUAUGGAAGAGAUCUUAACCGCGACUUCAUGUGCGGACUUCAUCGUCUUCGACGCUUUCUCCACGAUGGUCGAGGUCUAUUAUGAAAACUUCACAUUCGCUCAUUUAGACGAGUCCAAAAAGGAAGCACUUGACAAUUUGGAAAGCUUAAUUGGGAGGUACGAGCACAGUUCAUGGCCAAAAACAAGCUUCCUCUCAAUGGCCAAGUUGACUCUCGCGAAGAUGUACCUCAAAUCGGGGAACAAUGAGCAGGCUGAUAAACACGUUCAAAGUGCUUUUGAGAUAUGCAUUGCAGAUCUGGAAGACUCCAUCAGCUACAAUGACCUAAGCGCCUUUCGUGCUCUAACCAAAGCUUUGGCAUUUCUAGGAUUAGAAGAAGAUGCUAAAGUGGCUUUUUCGCUCCAGCUUUCGCGGGUGGGGGCAAAUGACGAUGGAAUAUCAGUAUAUGAAGAGUCAGGCUUGCCGUCGUCGAAUUCCUCUAUCUCCAGUGACAGCUUGGUUGAGCUUGAAGAGAAUCACGAAAAAGAGAGACCCAGCAACACAGCCCUUGUCAAUAGCAAGACCGAGGGCAAACCGAGAGAUGAACCUCCCAGUCCCGUCUCACCACUAUCGAGCACACAUGAACCUGAAAGUGCACCAACUCCCCUUCAGCCCGAAGAUUCAACAGCCACAAUUCCUACCAAUAUGGACAGCAUUGAGGGAUCUGCUUCCUGCGACGGGGUAUGCCAGCCUACAGUCAGUUUAGAUGUUUUUGAGCCUCAUGGGUCAAAAAUAGUAUACUGUCUGGAUUGCAUGAAUACAGACUUUUGUAAAGACUGCUACAUGAAGCAGAUCAAUUUCUUUGAGAAGGGUGAAGAUGGCUUCUGGUUUAAAGCGUGCUGGACCCGCCACGAGUACCUUCUGGGGCCCAUUGAUGGCUGGAUCGGAGUAAAGGACGGUGUUAUUCAUAUUGGCGAAAAGAAAUGUCUUUGGGACGAUUGGCUGUCUCAAGUGAAAGGUCGCUGGAGAAAGAAGAUCUCGUCUCCCACUGUCUGGGAUGACGUCAGGUCUCGAGAACCGAAGCCUAUCUCUUUUUAA